UGUCCCUCGGACACAGCGGAUCACCAAUCAACGGAAAGAGCCAAAGAUGGCAGUUCGGUCAUGUGAUCAACGGUGUACAAUCACAGCUGAUCACAUGGGACAUUACCCUGAUCAUCAGAGCACUGAUGAUCAGUGUGCCCUGAUGAUCUGUCUCAGUGUCCAUCAGUGCCAGCUGUCAGUGCUCACCCAUGCCACCUGCCAGUGGCUAUCAGUGCCACAUCAAUGCCACAUAUCAGUGCCCAUCUGAGCUGCCUUUCAUUGUCACCUAUCAAUGCCAGUCAGUGCUGCCCAACAGUGCCAUAUAUGAGUGCUGCCUUUCAGUGCCCGUCAGUGCCCAUCAGUGCCACCUACCAGUGCCUCAUCAAUGCCACCUAUCAGUG